GAAAACAGUAACAGGUUCCUUAUAAGUACCCUUGUUCGUGUCAAAUCUCUUCUCUUACAUCAACAUCGUAAUUCCAAAAACUGUUAAAUUAGAAAAUCAUGAGUUCGAUGAUAUUCUCCACGGUCCGUGGAAUAGGAUCGUUACUAAAACUUGAAGCUUCCAAGUCACCAAGUGAUGAAACAGAGGGUGACAUUAAGGUGUUAUCAGUGGCUUGGAACCAGGACUGGAGCGGUUUCAUGGUCGGAACAAACCGCGGGUUUGAUGUAUAUAACUGCAGCCCAGUCAAGAAAAGCUUUAGCCGCGAUGCGUUCAAAACUGGCUUCAAAAUCGCUGAGAUGCUCUUCCUUUCUAACAUCUUCGCUCUAGUUGGCAACGGUUAUAACCAUCACGAGUAUCCUCGUAACAAAGUAGUCAUUUGGGACGAUCUUAGGAACAGCCGCUUCUGCGAGCUCGCUUUCAAAUCAGAAGUUAUCGCGGUGAAAAUGAGGAGAGAACACGUUGCGGUUGUCCUGAAUAAAAACGUCUAUGUCUACAGUUUCAAUGGCCUCAAGAUUCACUGUCUGCUCGAAACCGUUAUGAACCCUAAAGGGCUUUGUUGCGUCUCUCAAGAUGAUACGAAAGCAGUCUUGGCCUGCCCUGGGCGUCACCAGGGGCAAGUUCAGGUCCAUGACUUGAUGAGACCGAAUAAAGUCAGAUUCAUCAAAGCACAUGAUUCUGAUAUUGCUUGCAUGAGCUUGACUCUUGAUGGAAGUUUGCUCGCUACCGCUAGCACCAAAGGAACUCUGAUCAGGAUCUUUAACACUCUUGAUGGUACUCUCUUACAAGAGUUUCGGAGAGGAAUGGAAAGGGUAGAGAUCUAUAGCGUUGCAAUCUCUUCGAAUCAUAAAUGGGUCGCUGUGUCAAGUGAAAAAGGGACUCUACAUGUAUUUCGUUUGAGACCUGACAUUCUUAGUUCACCCAAAAGCAUCAACAACGCUUCAUCAGUGUCAUUAUUAAGAGGAAUCUUGCCAAAGUAUUCGUAUGACAGUGAACGAUCCAUUGCUCAGUUCUCGUUGCCGGUGUCCACCAAGUUCAUUGUAGGUUUUGGACCAGAGAACACAGUUCUACUCGUAGGCAUAGAUGGAAGUUUCCGAAGUUGUAGAUUUGAUGGAGAAGGAGGGCAGAUGGUGGAGUUGGAAAACAAAGACUUCUUCACCUUACCACAAACAGACGACCAAAUGGUUGUGAUGUGACCAAAACAUGCAACGCAUUUUUCUUCUUCUAUAUUUCUACAUCUCUUAAUUUAGCUCAUAGAU